AUGCUAUGCGAAAUCUUUGCCUUAAUAAGUUUGAUACUCGUCGCAUUUGUACCAACCAUCGUCGGUGGUCUGCAGUGUUUUCAGUGUAGUACAGUAAAGGACAAGAAUUGUGAUGAUCCAUUCCAUAACUAUGACUUCUCCUCCAUUGAUUGUCCAACUGUGUGUGUCAAGAUUAGGUUUGAAGGGACAGUUGAACAAGGCUGUUUUAACAACCAGUCUCCUCUACCAGUGAGUGGGCCAAGUGGGUCAGGAUGUGUCUCCCAGUAUAUACCAAUGAAAGGCAUGAAAACCAUUUGUAGAUGCAGUACACCACGAUGUAAUGGUGGAAUGGGAAGAAAAAGUCUGGUAGAUUUAAACGUUCUCCUCACUGGGCCCCUCAUGGUCUUCCUCUUGGUGAAAUAA